GGACACUGUACAACAACACCACCACAGCGGUGUCCCCUUACCAAUUUUUUCCUUGGCUGUGUCAUAGCCACACCUGCGCUGCAGGUUGGUUUUACGAUGGUAGCAACCACGUGGAUGACUGGCUUUCCACCCCUCUCCUGCCCGCCCUUCUUUGCACGGAGGGCACACGCGGUCAGGAAGGGAAAAAACUAGCCCUCGUCACACUUGCUGUGUGACGAGAGGAGGCGGGGGUGCAAUUUAAGCAGCUCAUGCCGAAUAGUUCCUCACUCAAGACGUCGUUGUUAGCCGGCGAGUUUGCAGGUCUACAAGGAGCAUGAGGCUGCAGUGGAAAUGCGGCCGCGUGGUGCUUCUCUUCACCAUCGUCGUCAGCCUCCUGGUCGUAGUGGCGUUCUUGCUGCCCUGGGAACGCCCAUACAAUACAUUAUUGAUCAGUGUGGACAAUCCACUUCGCUCACCAGCCAUGGCAGACGCACCAUCGAGGCAAGUAAACUCCCCGGCAAAGAAGCAACAACUGCUGGACGUCAUCUCUGAGUCAUCACAGUCAAGACAAGACAAGGCUGCUUCCCCAAUACUGCUGUUUAAUUACACAAGUCUACUCUUCACCAACAUCACGAAAAAUAUCGUCUUAACAGAAAAGAAGUUUCUUGCGAUUGGCCUUUGUUCCGUAAAGCGGAAACAUGAGCCAUACUUGAUAGACACCCUGAGGUCCAUAUUUGAGCAAUCAAGCUCAACGGAACUUCAGCAGAUGGUAGUAGUGGUGCACUUGUGCGACUUUAACAUGGCGUGGUGCGAGAUGACGGCACGUCUAAUUACGAAAAUGUUCCCCAGCCAUGUGCUAGCCAAGCGACUUCUAUUGAUCCACGCACCAGAGGAGAUCUAUCCCUCUCUUGAGGGCCUCAAGGCCAACUACAAUGACCCUCCGGAUCGAGUGCGCUUCCGCUCCAAGCAGAACGCCGACUACUCCUUCUUACUUAGCUUCUGUGCCAACCUUGCUGACUACUACCUCAUGCUGGAAGAUGAUCUGAAAUGUGCAAAGAAUUUUUUUACCACAAUCCAAAAGGCCAUUGCUUCACGACAAAAUACAUACUGGGUCAUUUUGGAAUUCUCCCGACUGGGCUACAUUGGCAAGCUCUACCAUAGUCAUGACCUCCCCACCCUUGCUCAAUUCCUUCUCUUGUUCUACCAGGAGAUGCCAUGCGAUUGGCUUCUGACACACUUCCGUGUUAUUCUAACACAAAACAAUCCCAUAAAUUUCAAGCCGGCGUUAUUUCAGCACAUGGGCCUCUACUCAUCCUUCAAAGGCGAUCGGAAUGAAUUGAAGGACGGCGAUUUCCAGGAGAGUACCGCAAAUGUGGCCGAUAACCCUGCCGCCACCUUUCACACAAACAUCAAGGUAUUCGAAGACUACCGGCCGGAGAAAGCCUACAGCACUGAAAGUGGCUACUUCUGGGGAAAGACGCCCGUUGCAGGAGAUUACUUCACGUUGAAAUUCGUGGAGCCUCAGAAAGUGGAUGCAAUUGAGGUUCUAACGAGCUCCGUUGAUAGAAAAAAUGACGGUCUUAAAGCCGGCUAUUUGGAAGUUGGCAGUCAUACCAAAGAACAAUCAUGCUCAUCGUUUAAGAUGUUGGGACAUUUUGUACAUGGAGAAUUCAGAGCACAAACUUUAAGUGAGACUAUACCAUUUAAAAUUGACUGUAUUCGUAUAAAUGUGAUUAGGAACCAAACCGAGUGGCUUAUUAUUCGGAGUAUUAGCAUUUUACUUGUUCCAAAGUAAUAUUUCCUUUUCUUUCGCGUGCAACAUUCCAUGUUUUUUUACUUUAACGUUAAACCCUGGCCAUGUAAUUGUACGGUAAAGUCCCACCCAAAAAUGUAAUUUCCCCAAUUAUUUUGCCAUUUCCGAGUGACCAGGGCAGCUCCUUCAUGCAGGCGAGACCGCCUAGUGCGCCAAGUUACACAAGGCGCAAAUUCGAGGAAAAAAAUAUUCCUGUAAAAAAAAAAAAACGAAGAUGUCAUUAUUUCAAUGCCCAUGCACGUUCAGAGGGAAUAUGAACGUUAAUUAAUUUUCUCAACAUUUCUAAGAAUGUAUUUACGUAAAGUAUUGUAUUUACUUGCAAAAAUAAACACCGCACAUCGCGGCGUAGUUGGCCUAAUUUUUUUCUGCUAAAAAUUAAUGUCAACAGGUGCAAAAUAUUCAGUUAAUAAAGGAAUUUCACAGUAUAAACAUGGAUACUAUGUUUAUAAUAUACCGAAUAUCAUGGGCGUUCACAGGAAUUUAAGUAGGAUAGCUUUAAACCUGUUGUAAUAUUUAUCUACAAUAUAAUCCAGUGUCAGGUCACCUGUAUUUUGAGUCAUGCUCUGUGGUCAACAAUGUGUGUUUUCACACUGGAUUAUACUUAAUAUGAUUCUUCUUCUUGGUUCUUUCGGUAAAGUCACGUAGA